UCUUUCUUUGGUGCUCGAAAAAUGGCAAAGGUGGUGGCUUUUCUCGUUCUAGCCACCGCUUUUGUCAUUCUCAUAAUCACUUCUCGAAUCAACAAACAUAAUAGUCCUAGCAUUUUCGGUCUAAAUCGUCGUCUAGGCUACACCUUUCCGAUUCCAACAUUCGAUCCUUUAGUAGUGAAAAUUCAAAGAGCGGCUGAGGCAAAAGGAUUGAUUAAAAAAGGUAAUCCUAUUGGUUCGGAAGAAAGGAACUCUAACAUCGUUGUUGAGACCGAGAAUGCAUAUGAAUAUUUAAGUGAGAAUGGGACGUUAAACAUGACACUUAGAUUGAUGUUUAUAUUCCCAUUAUUAAACAAUGCAUCAAAGGAUGGAAAGGUUAGUUUUGAGGAGCUACAACAAUGGAAUAAAGAACAAGCUAUUGAGCGUUUAACUUAUAGAACAGAUAAAGAAAUGGAAUUACACGAUAAGGAUGGAGAUGGAAUGAUUAAUUUUUCUGAAUAUCUACCUCAGUUUUCCAAGGAAGAUAUAGAUGAAAAUUCAACUGCGCAUGGUGAAGCUGGAUGGUGGAUGUUGCAAUUUAAAAAUGCAGAUAUUGAUCAGAAUGGGUUUCUCGAUUAUGAUGAGUUUAAUGAUUUCUUGCAUCCAGAAGACACCAACAACGACAAAAUUCAAAGAUGGAUGUUGAGAGAAAAAAUCAGGCUAAUGGAUGAUGAUGGAGAUGGGAAACUCAAUUUUGCAGAGUUCUCCAUGCAUGUUUAUAGUAUUUACAAGAUUUAUGGAGAAUUUGAAGCUAGUAGAAGUAAUCUUGCAACUGCAAAAGAAAAGUUUGAAGAACUUGAUACAAACAAGGAUGAAUUCUUGGAAGUGAAGGAGUUAUUGCCCAUCCUCUGUUACCUUAAGCCAGGAGAAUUAUCCUAUGCUAAAUAUUAUGCAAGCUAUUUGAUACAGGAGGCUGAUGAUAAUGGAGAUAAUUAUUUAACUCUUGAUGAGAUGCUCAAUCAUGAAAAUACAUUUUAUACUACUAUGUAUGACAAUGAUGAUUAUGACGAUGACUUCCACGAUGAACUGUAAAUCAUAUAAGAAUCUAAAUUAGUACAUGAAUUGCAAGUGUUCAUCAUAUAAGAAUCCGAAGUAGUAUAUGAAUUGUACUUCGAAGAUCAUAGAAGGUAAUACCUAUUAGGACUAAGAUACUAGGUUGAAAAAGAAAAAGAAAAUAGAUAGAAAAUUAUGUCUAAGAAGCCGAUAUAGUUUGAAUCAGAUAAACAGUGCAACUAAUUUAUUGUAAUAUAAUAAAUUGAUAACCU